AUGUUGUGUUGCUCCUCUCCCCCUCCCUACUCCCUUCUCCCUCCCUCCUCUCCCCCUCCCUACUCCCUUCUCCCUCCCUCCUCUCCCCCUCCCUACUCCCUUCUCCCUCCCUCCUCUCCCCCUCCCUACUCCCUUCUCCCUCCCUCCUCUCCCCCUCCCUACUCCCUUCUCCCUCCCUCCCUCCUCUCCCCCUCCCUACUCCCUUCUCCCUCCCUCCUCUCCCCCUCCCUACUCCCUUCUCCCUCCCUACUCUCCCCCCCCUACUCCCUUCUCCCUCCCUCCUCUCCCCCUCCCUACUCCCUUCUCCCUCCCUCCUCUCCCCCUCCCUUCUCCCUCCCUCCUCUCCCCCUCCCUACUCCCUUCUCCCUCCCUCCUCUCCCCCUCCCUACUCCCUUCUCCCUCCCUCCUCUCCCCCUCCCUACUCCCUUCUCCCUCCCUCCUCACCCCCUCUAUGUCUUUCCUGCUCAUCCCCCCCUCACCUAG